AUGCCCGGGACCUAUAAAUGUCAGUCCGACAAUAACGGUGACGUGGGCAUAAAUGGGCCUUGUUAUGCUUGGAAAAGAUCAAUUGAUUUUAAUAUUAUUCAUACCGAUAUAUUAUUCACGGACAUGAAUUUGAUUCCAGUUAGAUACGAGAUUAUAUUUACAAAAAUUAUCAAUGACCAAAAGAAGUUUAUUCAUGCAGUGACACCUGUGAAAAAUCAAGGGGCUUGCGGAUCAUGCUGGUCUUUUGCAACAACAGGAGUGUUUGAAUCCCACUAUUACAUAAAGACCGGUCUUAAAAUUGAUUUCUCUGAACAACAUUUGGUGGACUGUUCAUGGAAUCAAGAGAAUCAAGGAUGUUUCGGAGGAUUGGACGUCGGAUCUUAUUCCUUCAUAAAGAAUUUUGGAUUGGCCACCACUUCUGAGUAUGGAAAAUACAGAGGAGAGGUAAGUGACUAUUCUUAUUUGAAGGACAAGACUUCUUCUCGCAUUCUGAACCACGCAGUUUUGCUGGUAGGAUAUGGAACAACAAAUCAUGGCUUGGAUUACUGGCUUAUAAAGAAUUCUUGGGGAACUAACUGGGGGGAUCAUGGAUAUAUCAAAAUUUCGCGAAAAGAAAAUCUUUGUGGAGUUAUGAAUCAAGUUACCUACCCAGAAUUCGACGUCGUCGGCCAUUAA